CUCUACCUCAGUGCAGGUACCUGGCCUCGCUGACCUGUGCAGAUGCUCCGGGAAUCGUCUGCUUUGCGACAUGGCUCACGGGCAGUGGGGGUCACCGCUGGGUCACCGGGGGUUGUGCCCUUGCGGUGUGGGAGCAUCUCCCCAGCUCCGGGAAGCACCUUUCUGUCAGUACUCAUCUAGAUGGAUGAAUACUGAUCUGAUGAUUUAAUGAUUUGCAGUAAUAGAGCUUCUUUAUGGGUGGACCUGACAGAAAGUUCACUAUCACUCGUGUGUCCCUAUCCUCACUUCUUCAUGUACUGUACACUAAACCAAGAGAGAGAGAUGAUCGGAGGAUUGGGGGCUCAGUGAACAGAACAAAGCGAUGGAGAGAUGCUCCAUCUCUCCUGUCAAACGACUGACCACCCUCCGCUGCCUUUUCUUCCUCCUGGUUGCCGUGGUGACGCGACCCUCAACCUGUAACCGUGACGACGAGGGCGAGGGGCAGGUGGAGGCCCUCUCGGCCCAGCUGUCCGUCCCAGAACAGGUCACACCCACCCCUAUUUGGUCCGUGGACUGGGGCCCCACACUAUCCCUGGAGGACGAGACGCAUCACAUCCUGUCCAGCCAGGAAGCGGACCUGCACCACAAUGGCCAUGAAGUCCCCACGACAACCGCCGAGGCCUGGCCGCAUCAUCAGAGUGCACCAGGCAGCACUUUGCCCCAGGAGCCCCUGGACCUUCUGGAGGCCCCAGACGCAGAGGGAGUGGAGGAUGGAGGAACUGAGCCGGAGGAGAGAGAGCCUGAGGAAGUGGACCCUCAGUUCUACGUCACAGUGACCAUCUCCUCUCUGCUCAUCCUGACUGCUGUCAUCAUAACGGUCAAACUCUGUUACGACCACAGCUGUUCCCAGCACCCACCCCCGCUUUCCCGUGGCGUGGCCCCCCCUCUCUCUCUCGCCCUCCCUCGUUCCCUGGCUCUGGAGGACAGCCGGCAGACGCUGCACGGCACUCCCUCCUUUACCGACAGGGAGAGGAUCCCCGUGGUGAACCUCUAAGGCGAACGUUUCUGAUUUGAUACACAUUCCUACGGGAUGCGACGGAGAACAUCGCCAGAGGGUGUGGCCCGCCGUGGUCUUCGACUUAUCUUUGACUGUGAAAAUGAAAAUCAGGGACCCAGGGAUCCAGCCAUGGCAAAACCUAUUUUUCCCUCCGUCCCUUCCUGCCGAAGGAGAAAAGCCCGAUCUCAUCCCUUCCUCCCGAAGGAGAAAAGCCCGAUCUCAUCCCUUCCUCCCGAAGGAGAAAAGCCUGAUCUCAUCCCUUCCUCCCGAGGGAGAAAAGCCCGAUCUCAUCCCUUCCUCCCGAAGGAGAAAAGCCUGAUCUCAUCCCUUCCUCCCGAAGGAGAAAAGCCUGAUCUCAUCCCUUCCUCCCUUCCUGCUGCCAUCCUCCUACGCCUCUUUUCUCCACUUUUCUAUGGCUCUGUGUCACUGUAGACUCCUCCUACGCCUCUUUUCUCCACUUUUCUAUGGCUCUGUGUCACUGUAGACUCCUCCUACGCCUCUUUUCUCCACUUUUCUAUGGCUCUGUGUCACUGUAGACUCCUCCUACGCCUCUUUUCUCCACUUUUCUAUGGCUCUGUGUCACUGUAGACUCCUCCUACGCCUCUUUUCUCCACUUUUCUAUGGCUCUGUGUCACUGUAGACUCCUCCUACGCCUCUUUUCUCCACUUUUCUAUGGCUCUGUGUCACUGUAGACUCCUCCUACGCCUCUUUUCUCCACUUUUCUAUGGCUCUGUGUCACUGUAGACUGACCGAACCUUCCGCUCUGUUUUAUAUUCCAGUUGUCUGUACUGCCCCAGGCUGUAGCAGCAACACACGUCCAGUUCCCUCCACUUGAUCCACUUUGACUAAUUCACAAGCAAACAGUGUUAGAUAUCAAUAGAACAUUUUAGUCCCGCCGGUGCCAAAACCGCAUAGCUGUAUGGGGCUGUUUGGAAUAUUUCAUACAGCUAUCUUGUGUAGCUGAACUUUGAACUAUGAUGAAAUAAUGGACUUGGUUAUUGAAACAUAGUUGAAAGGGAAAUAUGUGUGUUAUCUGAAACAUAGGUGUUCAGCUAGCUGGUGAAGGGUUAAAACAGUCCCUGUUUCCUAGGACUGAAGGGGGUAUUUCACAAAGCUGGUAUGGCAAUGUUGUCGCCAGCCGCCAAUGUACUUAACGCGACACGGUCCAAAAAUCGCUGUUUACUCCCGCUUGGAAUGCAAAUAGGCCCACUGCAGCUUCCACAUUCCCAAUGUGUUUUCUGGGUGUUUUUUAUUCCCUAAACUAUAUUCUUCGUUUGUUCCUUUUAUUUUCUUGCCUCUUUGCCGCCUCUGUUGUGCAUUUGUGAGUGUGUUAUCUUGUCUCUGGAGCAUGGGGAUGGGCAGGGUUUAUAUAUUACUGCUCUAUAUAGGGUUGGGAAAUUCUGUCAUUUUCACAAAAUUCACAGGUUUUCCAGACAUCCCGGUUGGAAGAUUCCGGGAAUUAGGAGGAAAGGAAAUACAGGAAUUUUGAACUGGGAUUUCUGGAAAACCAGGGAAUUUUGGGGGAAAGUUAUCCUUGUUGUUUAUGAAAAUAGUGGUGCAAACAAUGUACAAUACAUGUUUGCAUAUAUCGCAAUCAGUACAAUCAACCGAUACAUGUGGUACAAUCAAUGGUGGUGUCAGGUAAACAUAAUGGGUAUAAAUGAUACAGUCCAGAAGUAAUGAGCCAUUUUACCAUCAUCUGUUGUUUCUGCUCCGACUUCAAAGCUUAAACGAGUGUUUACUGUAGGAUCUUAGGGUAAUAUACCCGUCCAACUCGACCACCAGCUGGACUUCCACUACACUAGUACACAUAGUGUUGUGACGUCAUUGUGUCGUUCUGCAUUCUAGUGUUUCCUCGGUUCUCAGUAGCAUUCCUGUAGACGUGUGGCUCCACUGUACGAUGGAACAACAAUAAAAACUCAACACUGGUGUUUUA